AUGCGAUAUGCAAUAAGCUUGAAAUGCGAAGAAGAAGAAGAAGAAGAAGAAGAAGAAGAAGAAGGAAACAAGCGGAGUCAGCUGAUCCAAGUGAGCGAGUAUCCGGAGGAAUGCAGCAUUCUUCACAGAAAUCAUGAAGUGCAGCCAGAAGAACGUAGACGAAUCCAGAAGAGCAGUCGAGUCUUCAAAUUAUCCCCGUUUGUGGACUCAUCUGGAGUCAUGAGAAUGGGAUCCCGCAUCGCUGGCGCGGAGUGCGCUUCGUACGAAAGCAAGUUUCCCGUGAUUUUGCCUAAGGAUCACUACGUCACUCAACUGGUGAUCAACUGGUAUCACAGGAAGUACGGACACGCCAAUAAUGAAACGCUGGUGAACGAGAUUCGGCUGAAGUUUCACAUUUCCGAACUGCAAACAGCCGUCAAGAAAGUGGCAAGUGGCUGCUACUGGUGCAGAGUAUACAAAUCCAAACCACAAGUACCACCAAUGGCUCCUCUGCCUUCUGCUCGUCUCACGCCGUAUGUCAGGGCCUUCACCUUUACGGGACUGGAUUAUUUCGGGCCGAUCACUGUUCGCUUUGGACGUGGUGGAGUCAAACGGUGGGUAGCGCUCUUUACCUGCUUAGGAACUCGAGCAGUCCACUUGGAAGUCGCCUACAGUCUGUCUUCUGAAUCCUACAAGAUGGCAAUACGUAGAUUCAUCGCCCGCCGAGGUGCGCCACAGGAAAUUUACUCUGAUCAAGAAACCAACUUCCAAGGGGCUAGCGCAGAGUUAAGGCAGCAGAUCGGCGCCAUAAAUCGGGAUCUAGCAGGGACGUUCAAAAACGCAGAAACCGAAUGGAAGCUAAACCCUCCGUACGCUCCACAUAUGGGAGGCAUAUGGGAAAGGCUGGUACGCUCGGUCAAGACAGGUCUAGCGCACAUGGAGUUGCCGAGGAUUCCGGAUGAGGAGACUUUGAUAACGGCUCUUGGUGGAAUCUAUAGUGAACUCGCGUCCCUUAACCUAUCUACCGAUCGACAGCGAGGAAUGCGCAGCUUUAACACCGAACCACUUUCUAUUGUUGAGUUUGAGUGGAGUGGUCCAGCCAGCGGUGUGGCCAAUUGA